AUGAAUCCCGAAUUACUUUUUGUAAACCAACACUCAUCACCUAAAUAUCCACCACGUACUUACUAUAAUGCUAAAAGUAGUGAUGUAACACUAGCUUUAGCUGUGGAUCUUACUACUAGAGGUGAAAAGUUAACUCAUAAGGCAGCAGGCGAAAAAUAUCUUGGCUUUCAGUUGACUGAUGAAAUUAAAACUACUGCAAUCACCAGAGAACUGUACAGAAAAUUAAGAAGCACUAAUGGUAGAAAAUUAAAUGUGGCCGGUAAUGGAAUUUAUACUCUUAGUAAGCAUAAUCGUAAUCAGGUCUUCGUCAAUCAAUUUACUUAUGAAAUCAUUGCCCAAGUUCAUAACAUUCUUCCAUUAGAACGUAUUUUUACUGGUGGUCAAACUGGAUUUGAUAUUGCAGGUGCUGUUGCUGGUUAUGCAUUAGGAAUUCCUACUGAAGUUACUUUACCACACGGCUAUAUUCAACGUUUUGAAAAUGGCGCAGAUGUAGUGCAGACUCAAGAACAAAUUAUUAAACAAAUUCAAGGUGGUGCCUUAGCUCUCACACCGUACAUGCCUGUAAAUUAA